UCCAAUGAGGGAAAUAUUCUCGCGUAUUUUUCAAUGUUCUAUCAUAUUUUAUGAUCUUUUCUGACAUCCGAAUAUCUUCCUACAAUCGAUUGUAUUUAAGAGUUAUUAUUCGUUCAUUGAACUUUGUGUCUUUAAUCAAUUUUAACACAAUUGAAAUUUCAUCAGUGUCUAAGAAAAGUGCACCAUGUUAACAAUGUUACGAGUUAAAUUAAAUUAUCUUGAACCUUGAAAAGAAACUAAGAAGAAAUAUUUUGGCACAUAUGCCAAGUCAUUAUUCAAUGAAGACAAAUAAACUUCCUCAUAACCCACGUGGAUAAAUUAUAUGGAUUGAACUAUAAAGCAGAUGUACUCUUAGUGUUUUUAAGCAUUGUAACUAUCAUUAAAACGUUAUGGAAUCAAGAAAAGAAGCAAAUAAAACAUUAAUACAAUCUCCGGAUUGGGUAGAAACAAUAAUAUUUGGUGUCCAAAUGUAUUAUACUCCAGUUUUAGUGUCAUUAGGAACAUUGGGCAACUGUUUAUCAGUUUACAUUUUCUGUAAAACCAAGAUGAGAAGUGUUUCAUCAAGCUGGUACUUAUCAGCACUAGCUAUUAGUGAUACUGGUUUCCUCAUAUCGUUGUUAAUAGCUUGGCUUAAUAUGGUUGGUGUUGGCUUAUUUAAUCGCCCCGGUUAUUGUCAAUUCUUCGUGUAUUUACCAACGCUCUGUAGCUUCUUAAGCGUAUGGUUCGUUGUCUCAUUUACGGUUGAACGAUUCAUUGUCGUUCUUUACCCACUUCGCCGUCAAUCAAUGUGUACAGUUGCCCGAGCAAAAACAAUCCUAAUUGGGCUGACAAUAAUUGGUUCAAUUUUGUGUAGUCCAGUUCUUUGGUUCUCUAGUUCUAGACCGUCGAAUCAAAAGUUUAAUUCAACUGUUUGCGGACUUGCUGAUGAAUGGGAACAUUUGGCGUGGAUUUUUAAUGUUGCUGAUACAAUUCUUACGUUUGUUCUACCAUUUACUGUGAUUGUUAUUCUCAAUGGACUAAUAAUCAAGACUGUCUGGCGGCUUGCUAGAGUCCGAAUAAAUUUGACAAGUUCGAUAAAAAAUAAAAGAAAUACAAAGGGUAAAUCUUUAGAGCUAUCUCAAACAAAGGUCACUAAAAUGCUUUUAGUUGUUUCAACUUUUUUUCUGUGCUUUAAUCUACCCGCUUACGUCAUGAGAGUUCGUGCAUUCCUUGAGGAAGGAGAACCACCACGUGCAGUAAUAAUAACUCAACAUAUCUGUAACCUGUUGUUCGAUACCAACUUCGGAAUUAAUUUCGUUUUAUACUGCGCAAGUGGACAGAACUUCCGUAAUGCUGUAAUCGCAAUCAUCUUCAAACGACCAAGGCGAUGGAAUUCUGGUACACCAAUGUCGAAUCAUGCUUCGGAUUAUCGAAAAUCAUACAACAAUUCAAUGCGACGUCAAAAAACAAUAGUCUUCGAAGUUCCUUGGACCGAAGAGUGUGAAUUACAACAAUUUUCUCAAAAUUCAAGAAGAAGUUUUUUGUUAAGACAAAAUUCGAGUUUAGCCAGUGAUAAUUAAAAAGUAACAAUCACAACAGCUAUAUAAGCGAUAGAAAAAACUUACUGGUCUCAG